AUGAGCUUCCCUCAAGGCAACGCUCCCCUCUACGGCGGUGAGCAGCCAGCAGAUGGCAGCGCACCUGGCGUCCCUGUCCCAGGUGCUCCAGGCCUCGGUGAUGGACAGGCUCAGUUCACAGCUGGUGCAGUUCCAACGCCCGCUGCUGGCACAGGUACCCCCACCAAUCCAGAGGGAAAGACUACACUUUGGAUGGGCGAACUGGAGCCUUGGAUUGACGAGAAUUUCAUCCGAAGCUUGUGGUAUGGCAUGGGAGAACAAGUGAAUGUCAAGAUGAUCCGAGACAAAUUCACUGGUUCAAAUGCCGGCUACUGUUUCGUUGACUUCCAAACUCCUGAGGCUGCUUCUAAAGCACUGGCUCUCAAUGGGCAGCAGAUUCCAAACUCGAGCCGUCCCUUUAAACUCAAUUGGGCAUCUGGCGGAGGUCUUGCGGAUCGCAACCGCGAUGAGCGAGGUCCAGAAUACUCCAUUUUCGUGGGCGAUUUGGGACCCGAAGUCAACGAGUACGUUCUGCAUUCGCUUUUCCAAAAUAAAUUUCCGUCCUGCAAGUCCGCCAAGAUCAUGUCCGAUCCUAUUAGCGGCAUGUCUCGCGGCUACGGCUUCGUUCGAUUCACCGAUGAGAGCGAACAGCAGCGCGCUCUGACCGAGAUGCAAGGCGUCUACUGUGGCAACCGACCAAUGCGCAUUUCUACAGCCACGCCAAAGAAUAAGAGCGGUGGCGCAGGACCGGGAGGUCCAAUGGGCAUGCACCCUCCUGGCAUGAACAUGGGCAUGGGCUACGGGAUGGGCGGCGCUCCCCCUCUUGGUUUCUACGGAUCCGCUGCCGGGCAAGGCGGAAUGCCAAUGAACCAGUUCACAGACCCAAACAAUACUACAGUCUUCGUCGGUGGCCUGUCAGGUUAUGUGACCGAGGACGAACUGCGUUCUUUCUUCCAGGGCUUUGGUGAAAUCACUUAUGUCAAGAUCCCUCCUGGGAAGGGCUGUGGUUUCGUCCAGUUCGUGCAGCGCCAUGCCGCUGAGAUGGCCAUCAAUCAGAUGCAAGGCUACCCAAUCGGCAACUCACGAGUUCGUCUGUCUUGGGGACGUAGCCAGAAUAACUCCGGUCCAGCCGGUACUCCAUAUCGGCCGGCUCCUCCGCCGCCAGUCUAUCCGAAUAUGGGUAUGCCUCCUGCACAUUACGGCGGCUUUCCUCCAAUGAAGUAA